AUGCAGUGGAAGUCAUUCCUUCUGGUCAUCUCCGCUGCCCAGUCAGCCCUGGGCCGGUCUCAUAUCCAUCACCGCCGAAACAACCAUCACCAACAUGUUGACUUUCAUAAACCCGAACCCAAAGCCGAGCUCGAAGCACGGCAGAUUGUGAACUUCGACGCAGCAGUUAAAGUCAAGACAAUCUUCGACCUAGAAAUCGUCACCCUCACCACAACGAUCGCUGGACAGGUUCCCACUGAAAUCCCAACCACAUCCCCCAUCACCAGCCUCGUCUCAGAAACCGCAGUCGCGGAAACAAACGAAGGCGCCGCUCUCCUCAGUGCUAACAUCGACAUCGGCAUUGACGCAAACAACAUCCUUCCUCACCAUACAUCGACAUCCACAGCAGCAGCAGCCACGAGCUCGGCAUCCACCGCAUCCUCCGACUCCUGGGCCACCCACCCCUCCAACAACCAAUUCAGCACGACCGGCUUCGGUGCGCGCACUAACUCCACCGGCACGGGGGUCACGUAUGCUGGCAACGUCGGAAACCCCUGGGGCAGCAAUAUCAUCGAAGUCAGCGCCGCCUCCGCCCACCAAUACAAAUACGUAGUGCAAUUCAGCCACAGCAGCAGCUCCGACUGGACCGUCGUCAUCUGGAACAAGAUCGGCCCUGACGGCGAAAUGACCGGCUGGUACGGCAAUUCAGCCGUCAACUUUACCCUAUCCGCUGGCGAGAAGCGAUACGUUGCGUUUGACGAGGAUAGCCAGGGAGCAUGGGGUGCCGCGGAGGGGACGAGUCUGCCCACGGACGAGUACGGAGGCUACUCGUGCACAUGGGGGGAGUUUGAUUUCGGGGACCAGAAGAAUAAUUACUGGUCUGGGUGGGAUGUUUCGGCCAUUCAGGCGCAAAAUGCUGGACAGACGGUCCAGGGGAUGAGUAUCUGCGAAUAUGGCGAUACCAAGUGUUCGUAUAUUACGACGGGGGCUGGAAAGGUCGUGAAUGCGUAUGAGAGUGCGCAGGCGUCUAUCGAUGGUAUUGGAGGGUCGGUUGGACAGGGGGCUGUGAGGCUUGUCACUGUCCUGGAUUAUAGUGGGUAG